AUGUCUACUACUACUGCCGGAACGGCCUCUACUGGCCCCACGCUCGAGAAGAAGCCCGUGAAGUUCAGCAACUUGUUGCUGGGCGCUGGGCUUAACAUGUUCGAGGUCACUUCUUUGGGACAGCCGCUGGAAGUGAUCAAGACAACCAUGGCCGCGAAUCGGGGCGACAGCUUCGCCGGCGCUAUGGGUCGGAUAUGGGGUCGUGGCGGGAUCCUCGGUUAUUAUCAAGGACUCAUUCCGUGGGCCUGGAUUGAGGCCUCCACCAAAGGCGCUGUCCUUCUCUUCGUUGCCUCCGAGGCGGAGUUCCGUGCCAAGGUUCUCGGUGCCCCCGACUUCCUCGCUGGUAUCACUGGUGGUAUGACCGGUGGUAUUGCCCAGGCGUACGCGACCAUGGGCUUCUGUACCUGUAUGAAGACCGUCGAAAUCACCAAGCACAAGAUGGCCGCCCAGGGUGUAAAACCCCCGAGCACUUUCGCGACCUUUGCGGACAUCUACCGCAAAGAGGGUAUCCGAGGCAUUAACCGUGGUGUCAAUGCGGUCGCCAUCCGUCAGACCACCAACUGGGGAUCCCGAUUCGGUCUUUCCCGUUUGGCGGAGUCGGCCAUCCGUAAGGUCACGAACAAGACCGAGGGAGAGAAGUUGGGUGCUUUUGAAAAGAUCCUGGCCUCCGGCCUAGGCGGUGGUCUCUCCGCCUGGAACCAGCCCAUUGAAGUCAUCCGCGUCGAGAUGCAGAGUAAGACCGAGGAUCCUAACCGGCCCAAGAACCUCACCGUGGGCAAGACCUUCAAGUACAUCUACGACACGAACGGCAUCAAGGGGCUGUACCGUGGCGUCGCCCCUCGUGUGGGAUUGGGCAUCUGGCAGACUGUUUGCAUGGUGGCGCUGGGUGACAUGGCCAAGGAAGCCGUCGAAAAACUGACCGGCGACCAAGUCACCGCGAAGCACUAG